AUGUUCAAGGAACAGCUGGUCCCUCUAGCCUCCCUGUUAGGACCGAGGUAUCAAUUCACUUUCUUCGAGGGAACCGUUCCAUGUGAAAAAGGCCCUGGAAUGCCCAAAUGGUAUCAUGGGCCAUGCUACGCAUACAUGACAGAGCAUUCACCCAGAGCGACUGCCAAAGCUCUCAAUGAUUUAAACACCUUCAUCGAAGAUAACGGACCGUUUGAUGGAAUAAUGGGCUUCAGCCAUGGCGGAGCAGUUGCAGCCUCCUAUAUCCUGGACCGUCAGAUACGAUAUCGCCAUCUACCGGCUCCCUUCAGUUUCGCAAUCUUUCUCUCCCCUACCGCGCCCACCUUCCCAGAUCCAUCUCACCUGCAUAGCAUGAUCAAAGGACUGCUUCGCGACUCGCCUCCAACAUUCUUGGCCAGCUUUCCCCACUGGGAUUACAAGCUUCUAGGGCCAAAAGAACGUGCUUUUAGCGAAUACCUAGCUCUGUACGCUUUGUUUCUCGAGGAGCUAGGUAUCAAAAUACCAGUACUCAAGCUUGACUUCAUUCAGACUCCAAAUACUGAUGAUGUUCCACGUUUGCUGCAUCCGGCGCUUAUUGAAGACCGCAUUAGUAUUCCAACUGUGCAUACGACAGGGGAAAAAGAAGGCGGGAUGUUCGGGCAGAUGGCAUCAUGUGUCCAAGGUCUGUGUCAUGAAUCACUCAGACGGACUCAUCGGCAUCGGGGCGGGCAUAGUCUGCCAUUGAAGGAACAUGAGCUUUGGGAGUUGGCGUCUUCUGUACAUUGGGCGGCGGAGCGAGGGGGAGACCUGACCAGGCAACAUCGGGCAGGCUUCAAGCUCUGA